ACUCUUAUACACAGCCUCCUUCAACACACACACACACACACAAGGCAUCCUGCACUUUUACAUCCAUCUGAUUACCACCUCGGCAGCAGCGAUUACAGAAAACAUACAUAAAUAACAAGGGUUUGUUUUGACUACUGGGAGCUGCGCAGUGUUUGAUUUCAGCCUCUGCUAAUGUUGUAACGGACUUUUUUUUUAUAUUAUUAAAUACAACUCCAAACUGAAGGACUUACUUUUUAAACCAGCGCACUUUAAGAGCUGAUGAUACAGAUUAAGGGAUUUGCAAUACUCGUGCUGUAAGCACAAGUGAUCUUCUAUCAGCUGUUAACGUUUUUGUUCUUUUUUAAAAAUAUAAGAUAGCUUACUUCUCUAAAAUUGGCUCCUGUACAAACAGCCGCGUUGGAUCCGUCGGCUUACUGCGAGACUCCGGUGUACAAUCCGGAUCUCUGCCCAAAUAUGAUCGCAGCUCAGGCCAAGCUUGUGUACCACCUGAACAAAUACUACAACGAAAAAUGUCAGUCCCGGAAAGGUGCUAUCUCCAAGAACAUCAGAGAGGUGUGCAAGGUGGUGUCAGACGUUUUAAAGGAGGUCGAGGUUCAGGAACCACGGUUCAUCAGCUCACUGAACGAGAUGGAAAACCGCUUCGAGGGUCUGGAGGUCAUUUCCCCUUCCGAAUUUGAGGUAGUCCUCUACCUUAACCAGAUGGGUGUUUUCAACUUUGUGGAUGACGGUUCAUUACCAGGAUGCGCAGUCUUAAAACUCAGCGAUGGCCGAAAAAGAAGCAUGUCCCUUUGGGUCGAGUUCAUCACCGCUUCUGGAUACCUUUCUGCCCGCAAGAUCAGGUCUCGGUUUCAAACCUUAGUGGCACAGGCUGUAGAUAAAUGCAGCUAUAGGGACGUGGUAAAGAUGGUUGCAGACACCAGCGAAGUUAGAUUACGCAUCAGAGACAGAUACGUGGUUCAGAUCACCCCGGCUUUCAAGUGCACGGGGAUAUGGCCAAGGAGCGCUGCCCACUGGCCACUACCCCACAUCCCGUGGCCGGGACCCAAUAGGGUGGCGGAGGUAAAGGCUGAAGGGUUUAACCUCUUGUCUAAAGAAUGCUACUCUUUAAACGGGAAACAGAGCUCGGCAGAGAGCGAUGCCUGGGUCUUACAAUUCGCAGAAGCCGAGAAUCGGCUCCUCAUGGGCGGCUGCAGGAAGAAAUGCCUCUCCGUUCUAAAGACUUUGCGCGACCGCCACUUGGAACUGCCUGGGCAGCCACUUAACAAUUAUCACAUGAAAACUUUGGUCUCGUAUGAGUGUGAAAAACAUCCCAGGGAAUCGGACUGGGACGAGUCCUGCCUUGGGGACCGUCUUAACGGCAUUUUACUACAGCUGAUCUCCUGUCUGCAGUGCAGGAGGUGCCCGCAUUAUUUUUUGCCCAGUUUAGACCUGUUUCAGGGAAAACCACAUUCAGGCCUGGAGAAUGCGGCCAAACAGACUUGGCGAUUGGCAAGAGAAAUUCUUACCAACCCCAAAAGCUUGGAAAAACUUUGAGGACAAAAAUACUAAGAGAUCUAACUCGUGAUGCUUGUUUGAAGGCCUAUAUUAAGUUUGCUAAUCCAGGACUCCUCGGACAAAAUUAGUUUCUACAUUGUUUUUAUUAGUGGUAUAACAAACACUGCUUCAGACUGAUCCGUGGAUAUAUACAUAUAUUUUUACAUUUUGAAGCUAUCGUCAAUUACGUGCUUUUAGCAAGUCUAAAUAUGCUUAUUAUUAUUGCUGUUGAAAAAAAAAAAAAUGAAACAAAAUGAAAAUCCAGACGCAAACCACGGAUACAGGAAUCGUUUUCACCUUUAAUUUAAUUUCGUUUUUGUUAAUUUCUACAUUACGUUAUCUUAAUGGAAGUGCCCACGGAUAUAUAAAGCCUAAAUAUUAUUUCAUUUUAUUUUUAAUAUUCCCCUAACUUUUUUUUUCUCUUUUAAUUUGAGCCUUGGAAAGGAACUAUUGUACAUUUUUCUACUGUAUAUAUAGAUUGUGGUUCCAGUGGUUUGAAAUUGUGGAUGUUAAUGUUUUGUGACUUGUGAAUAGAAGUUUUAAAUUCCAUCUAUUUAUGGAUAUUUCGGGACUUUUCUGCUAGAGAAGAAACAAUAUAAGGUAGAUUUCAUCAUUUGUAUUUUUUUCUCCGUUUACUGUCAUUUGAGAAGUUGUCUAAUUUUAAAAGUUUACAUUUUGAUGGUACUGUUUGUUCAAAUGUAUAACAUUCCAUAAAUAUACUUGAAUUGUUAUUUAAAAUAUAUUCGAACAUUUUGUUUUUGAUUCUGCUUACAUGAACGCUUGAGUAUUAAAAUAUAUUUGAAAAUGCACUUGAAAUACACUGGAAAUAUAACAUUUUGUGAUUUAGAUUUUUUUUUUUUCAUACCUGUCCCUGAAUUUAAUUAAAGAGCUAAUAAAAUAAAAUAAAAUAAAAAACUCAAAAUAUGAAAUGUGUCCUAACAUGGUUUAUUUGGUAAUCGUAAUUUGGUCCACAUGGGUUAAUUUCAGAAUUUUUCAAUUUCAUAUUGACAUAAUGUAUCAUUUAUAAUUGCAGUAUUUCUUACAUUAAAAUACAUAAAUGUGUUUUUCUUUGAUAUGCUCAAAAGGACAGCUAUUGCUCACCAGUUGCUUAUACUACUGUAAUGGGGCCUACUGCAAUACUCAUUAUAUAUGCACUUUUAAAAUAUUCGAAAUAAAGUUGUAUUCAUACAAUAAAAUAACAAGCAUGUUGUGAAACUAACACGGAAGGAAAUACACCUAACAAUCUUUAUUUCUGACU